UGCUAACCAUGAACAGUUUUAUACUGAAAUUAAAUGCUCUGUAAGUGCAAAACACAAUACAUCCCAGGUUACUAAGCAACAGGGAACUCACAACAUAGAGAAAGCCUAUACAUGCUGCAAAAGUGGGAAAGCCUUCAUCAGGAUUUCUCAGUUCACUGAUAUCACAGAGUUCAUACUAGAGAGAAACCUCACGGAUUCAGUAUGUGUGGGAAAGCCUUCUCCAGAAAAUCCAGGCUCACUGAACAUCAACGAGUUCACGCAGGGCUGAAACAUUAUGAAUGUCCUAAAUGUGACACAGCCUUCCUCAAGAAAUCGCAGUUCAAGAUACAUAAAAAAACUCGUAUGGGAGAGAAACCUUACACAUGUAGUGAAUGUGGGAAAGCAUUCAUCAAAUAUUGUCGGCUCAUUUAUCAUCAACGAACUCAUACAGGAGAGAAACCCCAUGGAUGCAGUCUAUGUGGGAAAGCCUUCUCUACAAAGUUUAGUCUCCAUACACAUCAGAAAACUCAUACAGGAGAAAAACCUUAUACAUGCAGCCAAUGUGGAAAAGGCUUCAUUGAAAAGAGGCGUCUUACUGCACAUCAUCGAACUCAUACUGGUGAGAAACCCUUUAUAUGCAAUCAAUGUGGGAAAGGUUUCACCCUGAAGAAUAGUCUUAUUACACAUCAGCAAACUCAUACAGAAGAGAAACUGUAUACAUGCAAUGAAUGUGGAAAAGCCUUUUCAGUGAAGCACUGUCUUAUCAUACAUCAGCGGACUCAUACUGGAGAGAAACCCUAUACUUGCAGUGAGUGUGGAAAAGGCUUCACCUUGAAGAGCCCUCUGAUCAGACAUCAACGAACACAUACAGGAGAGAAGCCCUAUGUGUGCGCUGUAUGUGGGAAAGGCUUCACCAUGAAAAGUGAUCUCAUUGUGCAUCAGCGAACUCACACUGCGGAGAAAUCCUACAUACGCAGUGACUGUGGAAAAGGCUUCACUGUGAAAAGCCGCCUAAUUGUGCAUCAGCGAACUCAUACAGGAGAGAAACCCUAUGUGUGCAGCGAAUGUGGCAAAGGCUUCCCAGCAAAGAUCCGGCUGAUUGGACACCAGCGGACUCAUACAGGAGAGAAACCCUAUAUAUGCAGCGAAUGUGGCAAAGGCUUUACAGAAAAGAGUCAUCUCAAUGUACAUAGGCGCACUCAUACAGGAGAGAAGCCCUACAUAUGCAAUGAGUGUGGUAAAGGCUUAACUGGAAAAAGCAUGCUCAUUGCACACCUGCGAACACAUACUGGGGAGAAGCCGUCCAUAUGCAAUGAGCGUGGAAAGGGCUUCACCAUGAAGAACUCGGUAUACAUCAGCAAACACACUGGAGAGAAACCACGCAAAUGCAGUGAAUGUGGGAAAGCCUUCAGGAAGAGGACAUGCCUCAUACAACAUCAGCGGUUUCACACAGGAAAGACUUCCUUUGCAUGUGCUGAAUGUGGAAAAUUUUCUUUGCGUAAAAAUGAUCUCAUUACCCAUCAGAGAAUUCACACAGGAGAGAAGCCAUAUGGAUGCAGUGAAUGUGGAAAAGCUUUCACCACAAAGUCAGGGCUCAAUGUUCAUCAAAGAAAACAUACAGGAGAGAGGCCCUAUGGGUGCAGCAAUUGCAGGAAAGCUUUUGCGCACUUGUCAAUCCUAGUUAAACAUAAGAGAAUUCACAGGUAGUCACUUUGGGAAAGGCUUUUGCCAGUUGUGAGCCCUCAAGGUAAUACGUAAUGAAGAAUAACAAUGCAAAGAAGGUUGGUAUUGUCUUUAGUGAUCAAUUGCCUCAUAUUUUGUUGACAGAACUUAUAAACAACUCAUACAGUCAGCCUUGAAAAUAUUUUAGUACAUUAUAUGUCUAAAAAGUGUAUACUGAGAUAAGCCCUGUGAAUGUGAUGGACUGGGAAGGCCUUCAGUGGGAACUAGACCCUAUCAUAUGUUAUCAUCAUAACCAUGAGUGAAUAUUUCUAGUUGGUAGAAAUACAGCUGUGGGAAAGCCUUUGCUCAAGACCUCAGUGGUUUUUGGUUCACAGUAGAGAUACAGCAAUGGAUAUGGCAGGAGUUUCAGUAAUGUAUAUUGCAUCAUCAUUUGCCAGGAAUCCAUACAGAAAUAACAUCAACACAUUCAAUGUGGUGGACUUAAGCUAAAUAUCAGACAAUUUACGGAAGGAAAGAAGCCUUGGGGAAAUGAUGAAUGAGAGCAUUCUGUCACAAGUCUGGACAGAUAACACAUCAGACAUUGGGGAAAGGAUACUUCAGCCAUAUUUCUAGUUGCCUUCUCAUUUUAUAAAUUUUAAAUAGUGCUAGUUACUCUUAUCACUGAUUAAAUUUUAUAUAUACAGUGGAGUAUUCUAUGCCUGUUAUGUAACAGACACAAUUUUUUUGUCUCAAGUUUAAGUGUUAACUUCAGUAUAUAAUUUUUAAUAUUGAAGAAAGUUUAGAAUGACAAAAACAAAUUCUCCAGAGAUUCCCUAAAUGCCCUCGGCCAGUUAUUCCCCCAAGUAAAACCUUACAGAACCUUAGUUCAUUGUAUCAAAUAGGAGGAAAGUGGAAUUGUUACUGUGCUGAUAGCUACAGGAUUUAUUUGGAUCUCACUAGUUUUACUAUGCACUCAUUGAUUUUUAUGUUUUAAGAAAUGUUAAUCACGUUUGCGUGACUGACACCACAGUAUAACUUCAGAAUGUUUUCUCAACACAAACUCCCUCAUGCUACGCCCUCCUAAUCACAUCCUUUCGUUGACCCUCACCCUUGGCAUCACAAAUCUGUGUAUCUAUUAUUUUGUCAUUUAUAGAAUGUUAGAAAAAUUGAAUCACUUAGCAUGUACCCUUUUAAGAUGGGCUAUUUGACCUUGUGAGAUAAUAGAAAAUACAUGUAUUGGUUACUGGAGGCUGAAUCAGCCAGUGGCCCUAAUUUAGUCAAUCAUGACUAUGCAGUGAAUCCUUCACAAAAACCUCUGAGGAGAGCUUUGUGCCCUCUUUCUGCUUUGCUUGCUCUGCUCAGUUGGAUCCUGCUUCUUGGUUGGAGAGAACUUCUAAGCUUGGGGAACCAGAACACCUCCACAUGCCACCGAGCCAGGCCCCAAGUUCUAAGAGGACAGAAGCUCCUUUAUUUGGGGCCUUGCCCUGUGUCUCUCUUCAUCUGGCUGUUAACUUAAUCCUUUAGAGUACCCUUUAUUAAACUGCUAAGUCUAAGUGUUUUACUGAGUUCUGUGAGCCACUCUAGCAAAUUAGUGGAACAGAACGGGGAGCUCAUGGGAACCUCCAGUCUGUAGCCAGUAGGUCAGGAGCACAGUUAACUGCCUGGGGCUUGUGACUGGCAUCUGGAGUCAGGGAAUGGAGGGAAGUCUUGUAAGAUGGAGCCCUUACCCUGGGAAUCUGGUACUGUCUCCAGGCAGAUGGCGUCAGAAUUGAGUUCUCAGACACCCUGCUGAUGUUCAAGAAUUGCUUGGUAUGUCUUGGGAGACCCCCUCCCACAUAUUUACACAAAAUGGAGUUGGGUCCAGUUACCUGAAUGAAGUUACACUAUUACUGAUGUGUAUAAUAAUGUUACUGCUACACAUAAUGUAGGGAAAAAAGUACACCAUAGCUUUUGGUGUCAGAAGAGUGGGAAUCCCAAAGUGUCACUUGACCUUGGAUAGAUUCCCACCUCUGAAAACAAGUAGAUUGUUCUGCAGCAUUGAGUGCCUCCUGCAAAGAGGACUGCAUGGGGGUGUCCAUAGACAUUUCAUUCCUCCCUGCUUGUCGGAGUCAGAGCAGCCCCGGCGGCCCCAGUGGCCCCAGCACUGACUCGUGCAACUUUGCCAGGCCAGAGCUUGGACUUCCGGAAAUAACCUUGCACUCUCACAAAACCCACUCCACCCAGCCCACGGUGGCCCUAAGCGAGAGCCGAGGAGGGACUGUGGGGUGAGGGCACCAGAACUGGAAGUGGCACUGGUCCAGAUGGGGUCUUCAGAGGCUCAAGGUCCGGGAAACCUGAUUCUGGUGGUGGGGUCCGAGCGAGGGGCCUGCUGUGCCCAGGAAGUGGGAACGUGUGUGAAUGUCCAUGUAGGGGUUUAUCUGGGGUCAGUCAUGUGGAAUCUGGUGUGAGUGUGGGGCCUUUCGUUAAGGCUUAGUCUGAGAUUAUGGGCUGAAGGGCCUGUGGUCAGGGCUUAGAGUCUGUUAACUGAAAGAAGGGUAUUUGAAAAUGAGGGAACUGUGUCCCAUGAGCACUGCCUCUAACUCAGUGAUUUAAUACAGGGCACAUGACACACAGGCCUGCAGUAGAGAGAGGAGCCUCAGUGCAUAAGUUUCUACAGUAAAUUUCAGAUUGAAUUUGGUCAGUGUUGUUUUGGGCGUGCAGGGUUUGUCUGUGUUUGAGAGGCGGGAGUCUGCAAGGGGUGAACCCAUGCCCUAGGCUAGUCGGUGUUUUGAGGCCCAACCUUUGGAUACUGGGAAAAGUUACCUCUUUCAAGUUAAAGUUCCUUCUGAAGGCCCCUAUUAAAAAGUUGUCUCCCACAUCCACUCUUCUCAUUGUCCCCACAAAAAUAAACUUGGAUGUUUCUUUUCAGGUCUGUCACAAAACCAUUUUCCUAAAUUCUUGUCAGCGAGAAGCAUUUUAAUUAAAAAAUAAUUUUUUUAGACUACCUUUCUAAAAAUUGGGAUCACUGUAAAACAUACAUUCAAGAAUCUGCCUAACUUCCAAGAUGGAUAUCAUUUUUUGCAUUGUCUCUGGCAAAUAAGAGUUCCUGUUAUUCCACCUUAUCACCAGCAUUUCAUAUUUUCAGGGUUUUUUUGGAUUUCAGCACACCUCAUAGCCUGGUACUUGUGGUAUACUGCAAUUUUAAUUUGCAGUUCCUAGCAAAAAACGAUGUGGGCCAUCUCUUCACAUGCUUAUUUGCCAUCUGUUUAUCUUCAAUCAAGAGUAUAUUCAAGAUCUUUGCCCAUUUUUAAAACUGGGUUUUCUUACUGUUGACUUUUAGAGUUCUUUCUAUGUUCUAGGUACCAGUCCUUUAUAAGAUACAUGACUUGUGUGAUGAAUGUGGGGUUAUUUGUAUGUUUGUUUGGUUUUUUGGCCUGUGGACCUCUAAGUGUUCCCAGCAUCAUUUGUUGAAAGCCCGUCCUUCCUCCACUCGACAGCCUUCGUACCGUGGUCAUACUAUUGAGUAUACUUUGUACCUCAAUCAAACAGUAUAUCUGACAUGUGUGGGUCAUCUUCUGGACUCCCUCUUCUGUUCUACUGGUCUAUAUGUGUAUCCUUUCAGCAAUACUAUUAAUACCAGUACUUUCUGAAAUCUGUUGAUGUGAGCCCUGUAAUGACAGUUCUUUUUGGUCAGAAUCAUCUUUGUAGUUCUCAGUGGAGAAACCUGACAAAUGUUACCUUUACCAGGAGAUCAACAUUAAGGCAUUUUGAGAUUUUGUACCCUUAGAUAUGGGGUGAUGAGAAAGGGACUUGAAUUCUGAGGUGUCUUUUCAACAAUGACCCGUUUAAUGCGGAAAGUUUAGACCAACCCAAAAGACGGAGACUGUGUAAAAUGCCUGAUCAGGACUUUUCAAAAUAACUGAGGACAUGAAAAAGCGAAAAGACUGUGAGGAGUGGUCAGAAAGCAGAGAAAGCCAAAGAAGCGUGAUGUCUAAAUGCAAUACCGUAUUCUGAGCUGAAUCCUGGGCUAGAAAAAAGACAGUAGGGGGAAAACGUGACAUCUGAAUAGAAUCUGUAGUUUAGUUGAAUAUUAUACUGUUAAUUUCUCAAUUUGACAAAUGUGCCAUGGUUAUAUAAAAUGUUCAUAUGAGGGGAAGUCGAACGACAGUAUAUGUGAACCCUCUGUAAGUGCCUUGUUUCGUGAAAAUCCUAAAAUUUUCUAAAAUUUUUGUGAAAAGUAGGUAUAGCCUAUGUUAAUUAUAUCAAAACUAGAAAGGUGUAAUCUCAUUUUAUCACUUAAUUUAUCAUUAUAAACAUUUUUAUAUUAUAAAUGUCUCUAUAAAAAUUACUAUUCAGGGCUGUAGUAAUAUGGGUGAACUAGUAGGAUUGUUAGGCAGGAAAAUAGAUAUGAGCAGGGUGGGAAGAGAAUAAGGCCAGUGAACCCCACUAGAAGGGACUCAAAAGGUUAACCAGUUAAAAAUUGAAAGCUCAGAAGGCCAGGAGCAACUUGACCUGGAAUGUUUGCUUACUCCCCAGAUAAAGAAAAGUAUCCCAGCAUAGCCUGUGCUUUCAUUGUGUCAAUCAGUACAUACCAUUGUAAGAUUUCCUUC